CCUGAUCUCGCAUCCCGCCCUGCUGCUGACGCUGCCUCCUGCCUCGGGCGGGAACUGGACGCGCCUGCCCCGCCCGCGGCAACCUGCAAAAGGGACCGGGAAAGGGACCGCGAAGGGCACCGCGAGCCGCCGCCUCGGGUAGCUGCCGGAGAGGGAUCGGGACAGGAGUUCGUGUAAGAGACAGAGAGAAGCUGUUUCAGCUGUUGGUUCCAGCAACAUGGAGAAUGAUAUGAGCUUGAAGUUCCAUCAGCAGCUUUUCAUUAUUAGUGAAAAUCUGGUGACUGAAGAUGUAGCAGCUUUAAAAUUUCUCUGUACUGACUUGCUCCCCCUCAGUAGACUAGAAGGUGUGAAGUCAGCAGCAGACAUCUUCAGGCUCCUUAUGGCUCAAGAAUAUCUGAAUGCAGAAGACACUUUCCUGCUAGCUGAACUCUUAUACAGAAUUAGAUGUCACUCCUUGCUCGAGAAACUUGGUUACACUAAGGAGAAAGUACAAGAACAUCUGAGUGUGAAGGGAAGAAUAUCUCCAUACAGGCAGAUGCUGUAUGAAUUGUCAGAGAACAUCACCAGUGAGAUGUUGCAGGAAAUCAUAUUCCUCCUGCAAAGCUGUCUUCCAAAGCGAUGGACAAUUCUUUCUGCUUUGGAUUUGCUGACUUUAUUGGAAAAGCAGGGCCUUUUAACUAAAGACAAUGUAAAGAUACUGGAGGAUGUCUGUAUGACCGUUUCACCUGAUCUCCUGGAGACAAUAGACUGCUACAAAAAGGGAAGAGAUAACAAGGCAGCUAAUUUUACACAAGGCUUCUCUGAACUAAACCUGGAGCAGCGUGGAGAAUUCCGCAAUGUAGAAAAUGAAUCCAAGACUGUGAAAAGCUACAAAAUGGAUGGACCACACAGAGGAUUUUGUCUCAUUAUUAAUAAUGUUAACUUCAAUAGUUCUCUGAGGAAGGGUUCUUGCAAAGAUGCUGAGCAGCUGGAGAGAGUGUUCACAUGGCUUGGUCUGGAUGUGAGGACUUACACAAAUCUGACGUCUGGGGAGAUUAAAAAUCUCAUGAAAACUUGGCAGCAUGUGCAAGAUCACAAAGACAGGAACUGUUUUAUAUGUUGUAUUCUAUCUCAUGGAAAGUCAGGAGCAAUCUGUGGGACAGAUGACGAAUUUGUGUCAAUCCGCCUGCUUACAUCCCACUUCACUGCCAAACAAUGUCCCCAGCUGGCUGCAAAACCCAAACUCUUCUUUAUCCAAGCAUGCCAGGGUGACGAGAUACAGCGUCCUGUCUAUGUUGAUACUGAUGGACCAACUCCUGACUUGUCUUCUGUGCAGGAGAGAGUUUCUCUUUCUGAAAGCAUUCCUGAAGAGGCUGACUUCCUCCUAGGCAUGGCCACAGUCGAUGGAUGUGUCUCUUUCCGGCACAUUCAAGAGGGUACUUGGUAUAUUCAGGCCCUCUGCAGCAAGCUACAAUUGUUGGUACCAAGGGGUGAAGAUAUUUUGUCAAUUCUUACACAAGUUAAUGAAGAUGUGGCCAGACGUGUUAGCCCUUCAGGGACAAAGAAGCAAAUGCCUCAACCAGCAUAUACCUUAAGAAGAAAAUUUAUAUUCCCAAUACCUACGGCCCCUCCUCCUUCAGAGCAACAUCAAUGCUUUCAAUACACAUAAUUUUAUAAUCUCAUUUAAAUGGAGUUCAUCACACUACCUGUUUUAAGACAGUUAGCUUCGAUGCAAGGCCUUAUAAAUUUUUUGUCAAACAAACUGUGAAACUGAAGGAGACACAAUCAAUUAAAUUAAAACAAUCAAUGUGCCAGCUAUUUACAUUGUCUAUAUAUUCAGAGUUAUCAGUGUUGGAAAAACCACACUGUUUAACCUGUGUUUAACAUUUUUGUACCUGCACAGGCUGCAGAUACAAUAGGUUUUUCCUCGCAGUAUAGGGAUAGCAUGUAAGCUUUCAUAUUUAAAACAGGAUUGUUAAUGGCCUGGUUUAGACUCAUCAUGUGUUAUUUUGCAGGCUAACAAUUUAAAAUCCUGUUUCUAAAUCCACCAGCUAUGUUCAUAGAGAGAAGAAAGUGGGAAUGAAGAGACAAAACCUUAAGUAGUAUGUGGAAAAGGAUUUCUUCAAUCUCUAAUGAAAAUUACAUUUAAUUUAAGAAAGAACCAGUUUCCAAUUGAAAUCAGCAAUUUGUUCCACAGUACCCUCAAAUGGCUAGCAUAAGCUUCAAAUCCAAUGAAGUUUUUCAAAACUGAAUAAAGCAAAAAUGCUGCUUAUUAUUCCCUCUGUGAAACCUUGUUAUUUCCCCAUCACUUCUGAGAAGAUUUAUGGUAGAAGAUUUGCAUGCUGUGAAAUACAGCAGUCAGAUUAACUUUGUUAAGCAUUACAUUUUUAAAUUAUCAUUUGUUGGUUUAGGACCUAAAAUGCAGCUAGUUUGUGAAGGCUCCUAUGGACUAAGCUGCUGACAGAUUUUUGUGAGUUAACUGAAGUAAUGACAUCUUGUUUUGUUAUAAACGCUCUACUACAUAUGCCUGUGGUUUUUCCUGUUUGUUACUAUGUUAAAUUCCUACUUUUUAAGAGCUUGAUGAGAUAAACAUUUUGUAUUGGGGUAAGGGUUUGUCCUUCUGACUGAUUCCUGUACUUUGUUUGGCUUCAUGAAUCAGUGAGGUUUUAACUGCUUUAGGGUUUAAGCUGAAGUGAAAUUUCCUCAAAAUACUCAUUGUUAUAUAAGUUUUCAAUACCUUAAAGUGAAGAUAGGAAAGAAUACUGUCUAGUGCUAUUGGGUACAACUUCUUGCUUGCACUAUUUUUAGGAGGGGAGUUUUGCAUCACACAGAGCAUUGAAAUGCAGCCAGUUUUCCAAAAUAUGAUGGUCCCUUUAUGAUAAUGAAGAAAUCACAUUUAUGCCACAGAUAAGAAAAAUAUUUUGUUCUUUAGUGGAAUAUAUAACAUUGCGAUGGAAUUGUGAGAUUUCUGGCUUGCAGUUACUGUCCAGACUUGAUGCACUCAUUUUGUAUGUUUAGGAACCAAAUAAAUUUUUAUCAGUCUGGAGUAACCAUUGAGUUUGUUUU